AAGAAAAUCCACAAAAUAAAAAUUUACUAAAAAGGCUAAAUUUCUAGUUACAUUUUUUCAACAAUCACUCUCAAAGCCUCACUGCACACGGAGAGAGAAAGAGAAAGAUGCAGAGAGUGGUCUAUAGGGUUAAAAUAAUUAGGGUUUUACUCCAUGGAUUCACCUCAACCUGCUAAUACCACCACCACUGCCGCUGUCACCGCCGCUUCCUUGUCCGAUUCCCCUCCUGUCCAAGAAUCUCCUUUUUCAAAUUACAUAAGCAAUCUAUCUCCAAUAAAGCCUGUGAAAACUGCACAUGUGCCUCAAGGAUUCUUAGGAGUCAGUUCUCCUCCUCUAGUAUUCACGUCGCCACGUACUAUACCACACCGUGAAACAAGUUUCUUUCAGAGGUCGCAAUUCACACAGAUACCCAGUGCAGAAAUACCUGAGAAUGAUGAUGGAAGAAAGAACUUUGCUGGUCUUUCAAAUGAUAUAGGGGAAUCAGAUAACUAUUCCAGCAAGUUGAUCGCUGACGUCCGUCAGAACAAUGAUGGUGAAAAUUCUGCACGGGACCAACCUGGCAGUUCCUCAGGGUGUGUUGAUGAAUACCUAUACGAUCCUGUGGAUGUGGACUGUGCAAGCUCUGCUAAUUUGGUAAACCCAAAUGCUAAACAAUCUAAUGAUGUGCUUCAAUCAUCAGUAAGCAGUUUAACUGACUCAAACAAAGGUAUAUUAAAAUCUGAUGGCAAAAAUCACUUGAGGGCAGAAGUAGACAAGUCACAGGCCUUGUCUAAGCAAGCUGAAGAGGAUGUUCAAGGGCAGUCCAGAUUUGAAAUCAAGCCAGUACAAGUUGAAGAGGAUCAAAGUGGUAACAAAAAGUCAUCUAUUAAAUGCCCAAAUGUCCAGUCUGACCAUGCUUCUGAGAAAAAUCAAUGUGAUGUUUUAGAGACUCAGGUUGUUCAGGCACAUGAAGACUACGAUGACAAUGUGGCAGCUUCCUUACAGGGAGCCAUGCACAACAUGGUACAGCUUGAACAAGAGGCCAGUCAACUCCAACGUGGCUUGAGUAGGCGCUGCCUUCAAUUUGAAGAAGCUCAAUGGAAAACUAUUGUCAACAGCACCUGCUCUCCAAAUCUAACGAACUAUGUAACUGGUUCAGGAUCACCUGGUUCUGCUACAGAAUUGGAGAGCCUGAAUUCAUCUCUUGUGGAUUUAACUGACUCAUCUAACAAGAAGGAAAUGGUUAACCUGUCCCGACCAGCGACUUCCAUGUUUCCUCUUCGCUGUAAUGAAAAGUCUCCCAUAGUUGUGUCCAAGCCAUCAGGCAUUGGCUUGCAUCUAAAUAGCAUUGUCAACACUUUACCAGUGGGUCACACUGCAGCUGCAAGCAUAAAAUCCAGUAAUUGCUUAAAACUAUCAAAUUUAGUUGAGAAGGUUCCAAUCACUCCUAAAGACAGGAUGCUUGAAACCAAGGCUUCACUUGCUGCAAGUGAUACCACAGCUGAGUCAUUUCACAAUGCAGAACCUUUAAAUAUGUUGCAGUCGCUUGGGCAUCAAUUAACUCCAUCAAAUAAAAGAAAGUUUAACCCAGAGCAUGAAGACAAUUUUGAGGAGGUUGGCCAAGAGAGCCCAACCAAAAAGAAAAGGAAGAAAUCAUCAAGCCUUGAUGGUGAAGGUUGCAAACGUUGCAACUGUAAGAGGACUAAAUGUCUGAAACUAUACUGUGAUUGUUUUGCUGCCGGAAUCUAUUGCGCUGAACCCUGUGCUUGCCAAGGCUGCUUCAACAGACCUGACUAUGAAGACACGGUUCUUGAAACACGACAACAAAUUGAAUCACGUAACCCACUUGCUUUUGCUCCCAAGAUUGUCCCACAUGUUACUGGGUUUGCAGCAGAAGAUGGAAACCAGUUGAUGCCAUCUUUAGCAAGGCACAAGAGAGGCUGCAAUUGCAAAAGGUCUAUGUGUUUGAAAAAAUAUUGUGAAUGCUAUCAGGCAAACGUUGGAUGCUCUAGUGAAUGCCGAUGUGAGGGGUGCAAAAAUGUCUACGGCAGGAAAGAGGAAUAUGGCAGGACUGGAGAAAUAGCAAGCAACAUAGUCGGCGAGGAAAGAUUGGAUGGUAGAAUUCAUGAUAAGCUGGAAAUGAUGGCAACUAAUAAAGAUUUGUUACACGCUGAGUUAUAUGAUCUCCGCAACCUUACACCCUCAACGCCAUCAUUCCAGCACUCAGACCACGGAAAGGAUGCACAAAAAUCCCGAUUCAAUUCUAGUAGAUAUGUACCAUCACCUCAGUCGGACUUUUCCAUCUUGCCAUCAUAUGCAAAAUCCACAAGGUCUCCGAGAAAUUCACACAACAAUAACAUGAUUCCAGAAACGAGUGAAGAGAUUCUGGACAUAGAUACCUGUGGUCAAGGGAUGGAUUAUAAUGUUGCCGACAUGAUGAACCAAAUCUCACCAAGACACAAUGCGCUUGAGAAUAUAUGUGAUCUUACUCCAUUGCAAAAUCCCUCAAUGACUGGGGCUUCUUCAGCUUCGUCUAAAGCCAGAGAUUGGGCAGGUGGUUCAGGACUCCAAUUGUGCCCCGGAAGUGGGUGUUUCUCAUCUGGUCGUUCCCUUCGCUGGCGUAGUUCACCAAUUACACCAAUGACUCGAUUAGGUGAGAGCAAAAAUCAAGAGCAUGGCACUGAUAGUGGGCUUUAUGAUAUUCAGGAAGAUGACACACCUGAAAUAUUGAAGGAAGCUUCCACUCCCGUUACAUCUGUGAAGGCAAGUUCACCAAAUAAAAAACGAGUUUCUCCUCCUCACAAACAUAUCCAGGACCUCCGGUCAAGUUCUUCAGGAGGCUUGAAAAGUGGUCGCAAGUUCAUAUUGAAAGCUGUGCCAUCCUUCCCACCUCUCACCCCUUGCAUUGAUUCUAAAGGCGGCAAAAAUGAAAAACAGUAGCAACAAACAGACACGCUUGAGUUUGCGGUGGUGUUGGGCAUACGCGGUCUAGGGAAUCAUCAAAAUUCAGUUGUGAUUUGAGGGUUCAAAUUGUGCCAGGUGUGGAUAUGGACCUCUUUGGAAUUCCUUGCCUACAAGAGUUUUCGUAAUUGUCACAGCCUAUUAUCGAGGCAGGUGGGUACCUGAAUGGCCACGGGUUUGAAGAAUAAUUGCUUAGAAAUUUUGCUAAGUAUCAUCAUCUGCAGUUUUUUUUUUUUUUUUUUUUUUUUUUUUUUUUUUUCAUCUUCAAUUGUUAUCAUCACUUGUUGUUUAGUUGGAUGUUCCUUCAAUUGGAUUCCGUUCCUUACAGUUGGACAGAAGUACUAAAGUUUUGCUUUACCAGGUGAAAAUAACACCGUUACUUCUCUUAAUGCUUUUUGAAUGAGUAUUACCGGUGAUUCAUUUGCUUA